CGCGGUCAAUAAAUAUAGUAGGUCCGGUGAGCAAAUUGUUUCCUCUCUCGACUCGACUGAGAAGCGGCGGAACACCGGCGAAGAAGGAGAUUCAGAAGUAGAUACGAAACUGGCGAAUCUUCUUCUCUUCUUCUAGAUACAUUUGGGCACCGAUGUUUGGUAACAACAGCAAUAAUCCUCAAGGCUCUGCGCCUCCUUUGCCAUUCAGGAUGCCCUCUGCGUCUGUUCCUGGAGGCUUUACUCAGUCUCAUAUGGCAACUAACAUUCAAGCUCCGUUUCAGUUCAAUCAACCUCAGUCUAAAGUUCAUGCUCAAAUGCAAGCUCAGAUACAAGCAGGCAUGACCAUGAACCAAGCCCCGGAGAUUGGUGUUUUGGGAGGUCCUUCUUCGCCUUCUAUGACCACUACUCCUGGAAGUAGUUCAAACGUGAAGAGGCUCCAGCAGAGACCGCCGAUGAGACCUCCUCCUUCCGGUUUCCCCAACAACACUGUCACCCCCAUGAGAACAAUGGAGUUAACUCCAGCUGCUGCACGUAGUAAGAAGAAACAGAAGCUUCCUGAGAAGUCCUUGCAGGAACGUGUGGCGGCGAUCUUGCCUGAGUCCGCCUUAUACACACAGCUUCUCGAGUUCGAGUCUCGUGUCGACGCUGCGUUGAGUAGAAAGAAAGUUGACAUCCAGGAAGCUCUCAAGAACCCUCCCUGCCUACAGAAGACGCUUCGGAUCUACGUAUUCAACUCCUUCGCUAACCAAACCAACGCGAUUCCUGGGAAUAUUCCAAAUGCUGAUGACCCUCCUCCAACGUGGACUCUUAAAGUUGUUGGUAGGAUCCUGGAAGAUGGGGUGGAGCAUCCAGACCAGACAGGGUUUGUUCAGAAAGAUAACCCAUUGCAUCCCAAGUUCUCUUCUUUCUUCAAGAAGGUGCAGGUUAGCCUGGAUCAGAGGCUUUAUCCUGAGAACCCAUUGAUCACGUGGGAGAACUCUCGUUCACCUGCUCCUCAGGAAGGGUUUGAGAUAAAGAGGAAAGGGAAUCAGGAGUUUGCAGCUACUAUUAGGUUGGAGAUGAACUACGUCCCUGAGAAGUUCAAGCUUUCUACCGCAUUGAUGGAUGUUCUUGGGAUUGAGGUUGAAACCAGGCCGAGAAUCAUCGCUGCGAUUUGGCAUUAUGUCAAAGCGAGGAAACUGCAGAACCCAAACGACCCUUCUUACUUCAACUGCGACGCUGCGCUUCAAAAAGUGUUUGGAGAACAGAAGCUGAAGUUCACAAUGGUCUCUCAGAAGAUAUCUCAUCACUUGUCACCUCCACCACCUAUUCACUUAGAACACAAGAUCAAGCUGUCAGGAAAUAACCCGGCCGUAUCAGCGUGUUACGAUGUCCUGGUGGAUGUACCCGUCACUAUCCAAAGGGAUCUGAGCAACUUGUUGGCCAACGCAGAGAAGAGUAAAGAGAUUGAGGCUUGUGAUGAAGCGAUAUGUGCAGCCAUAAGGAAGAUACAUGAGCAUAGGAGGAGACGGGCAUUUUUCUUGGGGUUCAGCCAGUCACCAGUUGAGUUCGUAAACGCGCUGAUGGAAUCGCAGAGCAAGGAUCUGAAGGUCGUGGCCGGAGAAGCGAGUCGAAAUGCUGAGAGAGAGCGUGGAUCAGACUUCUUUAACCAACCUUGGGUCGAAGAUGCAGUGAUACGUUACUUGAACCGGAGGCCAGCAGCUGGGAACUAGGGGCCAGGGAGCUGGUGAGUUAGGUCUUUUCAUCUGUUUGAGCUCUUGCUAAUGAAGAACAAGAAGUGUUCAAGAUCAAUUUGAUUUAAAUAGAAAGUAGUGUAUUUGUAAUCUUUUUGUGUUAUGAAACAACCAAGCUGGUUAAUCUUUUGUAUGAUGUAACAAGAUCAAUCUGGUUAAAAAGGAAAGUGGUAUGGUUGUAACGUAACCCUUUUUUAUGAUGAACCAUCAGUACAUCUAAUCCAGCUUUGUUUGUAGCC